UCCAUGGAGUUCAGCCUGCUCAGCGAGGCGGAGGCCCGGAGCCCGGCCCUGUCGCUGUCGGACGCGGGUACUCCGCAUCCCCCCCUCCCAGAGCACGGCUGCAAGGGCCAGGAGCACAGCGACUCGGAGAAGGCCUCAGCUUCGCUUCCGGGCGGCUCCCCGGAGGACGGCUCUCUGAAGAAGAAGCAGCGGCGGCAGCGCACGCACUUCACCAGUCAGCAGCUGCAGGAGCUGGAGGCGACCUUCCAGCGAAACCGCUACCCGGACAUGAGCACGCGCGAGGAGAUCGCCGUGUGGACCAACCUCACCGAGGCCCGUGUGCGGGUGUGGUUCAAGAACCGACGCGCCAAGUGGCGCAAGCGCGAGCGCAGCCAGCAGGCGGAGCUGUGCAAGGGCGGCUUCGCGGCACCGCUCGGGGGCCUGGUGCCCCCCUACGAGGAGGUGUACCCCGGCUACUCCUACGGCAACUGGCCGCCCAAGGCGCUCGCCCCGCCACUCGCCGCCAAGACCUUCCCGUUCGCCUUCAACUCCGUCAACGUGGGGCCGCUAGCCUCACAGCCCGUCUUUUCGCCACCCAGCUCUAUCGCCGCCUCCAUGGUGCCCUCAGCUGCGGCCGCCCCGGGCACUGUGCCAGGGCCCGGGACCCUGCAGGGCCUGGGCGGGGCCCCCCCCGGGUUGGCUCCGGCCGCCGUGUCCUCGGGGGCAGUGUCCUGCCCUUACGCCUCCGCUGCUGCGGCCGCAGCGGCAGCCGCCUCCUCCCCCUACGUAUACCGGGACCCGUGUAACUCGAGCCUGGCCAGCCUGCGGCUCAAGGCUAAACAACACGCCUCUUUCAGCUACCCCGCCGUGCCCGGGCCACCCCCUGCCGCAAACCUCAGCCCGUGCCAGUAUGCUGUGGAGCGGCCAGUAUGAGCGGCCUGGCCUGCGCAUCA